AUGUAUUUUGAAGAGCUUGCACCCACGAUUCACGGCGAAUCCGCAAAUUAUCUCCUGCAUUUACAAUACUUAUUCGCGGAUUCUUCGCAGCGUGCCUUCGACACCGACUUCUCCUGA